UGGGAAUUGUUGGGAACUGCUUGCAUCUUCGUGCUCGCACCGCUCAUCGCGAUCACUCUGAUCCUUUUAUACAUCUAUCGUCGUUCGGUCGAAAUCGUGUUAAGAAUCCAGUUGCGGGGCAAGUUCGCUGGUCUCUUGAAGAGCACGGAUUGCGUAUGGGCCAUUGAAGACGCCGUUUCUCCAUCUGUUAUCACUGUCUUGUUGAUAUUGGAGAAAACCGCGCAGGAUACAAACACGAACUUCCUGGAGUCUUUCAGGAUUCUGAUAAAUGAACGGAUUGUUUCAAAGGCCGCUGGCACGACGCUUGAGAAAAUGUUUUACCUUCGAAGUCAGAAAUACGGCUACUAU